AUGGCCAGCGGGGACGAAGCGGAAACGAGGCCCAUGAGGACACACGUCCGGGACUUCCAGUGCGGUCUCGGUUCUUGGCGUCCCAAGUGGUUGCAGACGUUCGCGUCAGCGAGGUGUCUUUUCUUCUUCCUCAAUGUGCUGGCGAUGUGUCAGUCGGCCUACAAGGCCUACACCAUGGGAGCCCUGUCGACGUUGGAGCGCCGCUUCAGCCUGUCCACCAAGUCUAUCGCUGUCAUCCUCGUAGCCGAAAGCAUCAGCCCCAUAUUCCUGGACAUUCCGCUGGGUUACGUCGCCAGCUGGAUCAGCCGACCGAAGCUCCUCUCCCUGGGCAUGAUGGUGGUCGGGUGCAGUUCCUUGGCCGUGGCCCUGCCCUACGUCAUCUUCGGGCCCGCGACCCAUUUGCUCGCUGACGAAGGUGAGCGCAGACAGCCGAUGGACUUUGCGAGCCUCGAGUUCUGCGGAGGUGGUGGUGGUGGUAUGGCUGUGAAGAUGAGUCCCGACUGCACGACGCAGGCAACGGAGAGUUACUUACCGUUCAUCAUCCUUUUCGUGGCAUCCUUCUUGAACGGCUUCGGUCAGAGCGUCCUCCAUGUCGCCGGGAGCAGCUACAUUGACGACAGCGUCAAGAAAAAGAGUUCACCGUUGUACUUCGGGGCAAGCUUCUCUCUCAGAUCCAUUGGACCUGCACUGGGUUUCCUUGGCGCUAGUGUGAGCCUGUCUCUCUAUGAGGACCCCUUCCUGAAUCCCGACAUCCCGACGACCGACCCGCGAUGGAUAGGCUGCUGGUGGCUGGGCUACGUGUUCUGGGGAUGCCUGUUGCUCCUGGCCAGCGUACCGGUGUUGCUGUUCCCCAAGGUGAUGCCAGCCCGGUUGCCAGACCCGCCGCUGGUGUUCAAGAAACGAGCCGAUUCGAGCCACCUUUCGGAGAUCAGCAAGUCGCUUACCCGGCUGCUGCGCAAGCGUGUCUACGUUCUCCAGCUGUUCGUCUCGAUGCUGAUGGUGAGCGGAAUGCAGGGCUACACCAUGUUCUCGGCCAAGUACAUGGAGGUGCAGUUUCGAAACUCGGCUGCCAGAGCCAGCGCAUUCGCUGGAUUGAUAUCCUCCGUGUUCAACAUCACGAGUUUCCUGGUCUCCGGUCUGGUGAUCCACCGCCUGAGGCCGUCGCCCCGAGUUCUGGCCUGGUACAACGUGGUCGUCACCUUCGUUGUCUCCUGCGGCUUUGCUGUGGCCAUGCUCAUCAAGUGCGACUACGGCACCAUGCCUGGAGUUUCACUAAUCAAUGGAAAGCUCGACCUGUACAACAAGUGCAACGACCAGUGCGACUGCACUCUGCAGAGCUACCAGCCUGUGUGCGAGCCUGUCGGAGGUACCAUGUACUUUUCGCCAUGCUUUGCCGGCUGCCAAAUGCCGGCUGGCGAGUUCGGUGCCAACCUAACUAAGCUGACCAACUGCGACUGCCUGAAAACGUUCGACGACAGUGACUUCUUCUCGGGCAACGCCGUGGUGGGCUUCUGCAAGGGAACCUGCCCCAUGUUUGUGCAGUUCAUCAUUCUCAUCUCGCUCACGCACUUCAUGAGCGUCUCGACAUCUGUGAGCCACACGCUCUUUAUGCUUCGGAGCAUAAGUCCGAGUGACAAGACCAUCGCGCUUGGACUGGCAAAUGCACUGGCGAACCUGCUGUCGUACAUUCCUUACCCGCUCGUCUACGGUGCCGUGAUCGACGGGUCCUGCCUGGUGUGGGAGAGCGCCUGCGGUACCAGCGGCAACUGCUGGCUCUACGACCUAGCACAACUGCGGCACUCCUACUUGGGCACGUCGGCCGGCUUGCUCUUCGUGUCGGGACUCUUUUCAGUCGCGGUCGCGGCUGUGGUAGGAGACAUCAGGGACUUCUACGGGGACGCCUACCUACAGGUUUCAAGCCUCGGCGCGGCGGAGUUCGAGCCUCCGAAGAACGGCUUCACGAAACAAAAGAAAGCGGACGUCAAGCAGGGACAGAAGGGACCGAUACGUAACUGAUGGUCGCGACGUCUUCUGUGGGAAGGUCCCCGCCGACUGUGGAAAUACAGCACGUGGGGCUCA